CUCAGGACUGCAGGUGGCCAUCUUCACUGCCCAGGAGUCCUUGUGUGUGGACAGGACAGCCUCCUUGGAAAGUCGGCCAAACCAGAGUUGUGCCUCGGCAUGGGCCUUGCCACCAAGGCAGCUCUGCUGUCCAUGCUGGCCUGAGGGUGCUGCCUGUCAUGGGGGCAGCCAUCUCCCAGGGGGCCCUCAUCGCCAUUGUCUGCAACGGCCUUGUAGGCUUCUUGCUGCUACUGCUUUGGGUCAUUCUCUGCUGGGCCUGCCACUCUCGCUCUGCUGACGGCGACUCUCUCUCGGAAUCCAGUCCCAACUCCAGCCCCGGCCCCUGUCCUGAGAAGGCACCACCUCCCCAGAAGCCUAGCCAUGAAGGCAGCUACCUGCUGCAGCCCUGAAGGCCCGUGGCCUGCCCUGGAGUCCUGGACCUGAGUAUACCUGAGUCAAAGCGUGGAAUCUGAUCUCAGAAUUGUCAGCGUGGGGUCCAGAAUUUAGAAUCCAGUCUGUUUGAAGCUGGACCCAGCAGCCUAGAUUGUAGCCAGCCUGGCUCCAAGAGAGGCCUGAGUAGCCCUAGAAAAACAGGCCUGGCGUGGGGGGGUUAGGAGUUGGUGCUAAGGCCAGGGCCAUUCUGGUCUCUGCUCCAUCCCAAGGGCCAAGGGCUGAGUUUGCCCUUCCCCCAGGCUCAGCACCUCUGGGCUCUCGAGGUUGGGGAAGCAAACUGGGACCCGUGGCAAUAAUGGGGGGGUGCCCCGGUGGGGCCCCUUCUCCGUUCCUCCCACUGUUUGUUGGAUAAUAAAUGGAACUAUGGCUUACACUGA